AUGGCCAGCUCAUCUCUGCCCACCCUGGUGCCUCUGGGCCCUGAGAGCCUGCGCCCCUUCACCCGGGAGUCCCUGGCAGCCAUAGAGCGGCGGGUGCAGGAGGAGGAGGCCCGGCAGCAGCGGAACAAGCAGAUGGAGAUCGAGGAGUCUGAAAGAAAGCCGCGCAGCGACCUGGAGGCCGGCAAGAACCUGCCCCUCAUCUACGGGGACCCCCCACCGGAGGUCAUCGGCAUCCCCCUGGAGGACCUGGACCCCUACUACAGCGACAAGAAGACCUUCAUCGUCCUUAACAAGGGCAAGGCCAUCUUCCGCUUCUCUGCUACGCCCGCCCUCUACAUGCUGAGCCCCUUCAGCAUCAUCAGACGCUGCGCCAUCAAAGUGCUCAUCCACUCGCUGUUCAGCAUGUUCAUCAUGAUCACCAUCCUGACCAACUGUGUGUUCAUGACCAUGAGCAACCCGCCUUCCUGGUCCAAGCACGUGGAGUACACAUUCACGGGGAUCUAUACCUUUGAGUCCCUCAUCAAGAUGCUGGCCCGGGGCUUCUGCAUUGACAACUUCACAUUCCUCCGGGACCCCUGGAACUGGCUGGACUUCAGCGUCAUCACCAUGGCGUACCUGACGGAGUUUGUGGACUUGGGCAACAUCUCAGCCCUGAGAACCUUCCGGGUGCUGCGGGCCCUGAAAACCAUCACGGUCAUCCCAGGGCUGAAGACGAUUGUGGGGGCCCUGAUCCAGUCCGUGAAAAAGCUGUCGGACGUGAUGAUCCUCACCGUCUUCUGCCUGAGUGUCUUUGCGCUGGUGGGGCUGCAGCUCUUCAUGGGAAACCUGCGGCAGAAGUGCGUGCGCUGGCCCCCGCCCUUCAAUGACACCAACACCACGUGGAACGGCAACGACACGUGGAACGGCAACGACACGUGGAACAGCCAUGAGAGCUGGGCCAGCAACUCGACCUUUGACUGGGAUGCCUACAUCAGUGACGAAGGGAACUUCUAUUUCCUGGAGGGUGCCAAUGACGCCCUGCUCUGUGGGAACAGCAGCGAUGCUGGGCACUGCCCCGAGGGUUACGAGUGUAUCAAGGCUGGGCGGAACCCCAACUAUGGCUACACCAGCUACGACACGUUCAGCUGGGCCUUCCUGGCCCUCUUCCGCCUCAUGACCCAGGACUACUGGGAGAACCUCUUCCAGCUGACCCUUCGAGCUGCUGGCAAGACCUACAUGAUCUUCUUCGUGGUCAUCAUUUUCCUGGGCUCCUUCUACCUCAUUAACCUGAUCCUGGCGGUGGUGGCCAUGGCGUAUGCAGAGCAGAACGAGGCCACCCUGGCCGAGGAUCAGGAGAAAGAAGAAGAGUUUCAGCAGAUGCUGGAGAAAUUCAAAAAGCAGCAGGAGGAGCUGGGGAAGGCCAAGCCUGCCCAGGCUCUGGAAGGCGGGGAGGCAGAUGGGGACCCAGCCCACGGCAAAGACUGCAACGGCAGCCUAGACACAUCACUGGGGGAGAAGGGGCCUCCCCGGCAGAGCUGCAGUGCAGACAGCGCUAUCUCGGACGCCAUGGAAGAGCUGGAAGAGGCCCACCAGAAGUGCCCACCGUGGUGGUACAAGUGUGCCCACAAAGUGCUCAUAUGGAACUGCUGCACCCCAUGGAUGAAGUUCAAGAGCAUCAUCCACCUGAUUGUCAUGGACCCCUUCGUGGACUUGGGCAUUACCAUCUGCAUUGUGCUCAACACCCUCUUCAUGGCCAUGGAGCAUUACCCCAUGACAGAGCACUUUGACAACGUGCUCACCGUGGGCAACCUGGUCUUCACCGGCAUCUUCACAGCAGAGAUGGUACUGAAGCUCAUCGCCAUGGACCCCUACGAGUACUUCCAGCAGGGCUGGAACAUCUUCGACAGUAUCAUCGUCACCCUCAGCCUGGUGGAACUGGGCCUGGCCAACGUGCAAGGGCUGUCCGUUCUCCGCUCCUUCCGACUGCUGCGGGUCUUCAAGCUGGCCAAGUCGUGGCCAACGCUGAACAUGCUCAUCAAGAUCAUCGGCAACUCGGUGGGCGCUCUGGGCAACCUGACGCUGGUGCUGGCCAUCAUUGUGUUCAUCUUCGCCGUCGUGGGCAUGCAGCUGUUUGGCAAGAGCUACAAGGAGUGCGUGUGCAAGAUCGCGGCCGACUGCAGCCUGCCCCGUUGGCACAUGCACGACUUCUUCCACUCCUUCCUCAUCGUCUUCCGCAUCCUGUGCGGGGAGUGGAUCGAGACCAUGUGGGACUGCAUGGAGGUGGCCGGCCAGGCCAUGUGCCUCACAGUCUUCCUCAUGGUCAUGGUCAUCGGCAACCUAGUGGUCCUGAACCUCUUCUUGGCCCUGCUUUUGAGCUCCUUCAGUGCCGACAGCCUGGCCACCUCAGAUGAGGAUGGCGAGAUGAACAACCUGCAGAUCGCCAUUGGGCGCAUCAAGUGGGGCAUUGGCUUUGCCAAAGCCUUUCUCCUGGGACUGCUGCAUGGCAAGAUCCUGAGCCCCAGGGAAAUUAUGCUCAGCCUCGGGGAGUCUGGGGAGCCCGGGGAGGCCGGGGAGAGCGCCCCAGAGGACGAGAAGAAGGAGCUGCCGCCCGAUGAGGGCGACAAGGACCUGAAGAAGGACAAUCACAUCCUGAACCACGUGGGCCUGGUUGACGGCUCUCCCCCCAGCAUCGAGCUGGACCACCUCAACUUCAUCAACAACCCCUACCUGACCAUUCACGUGCCCAUCGCCUCCGAGGAGUCCGACCUGGAGAUGCCAACGGAGGAGGAGACCGACACUUUCUCAGAGCCUGAGGAUGGCAAGAAGCCACCGCAGUGCCUCGAUGGGAACUCCUCCGUCUGCAGUACCGCCGACUAUAAGCCCCCCGAGGAGGACCCCGAGGAGCAGGCUGAAGAGAACCCCGAUGGGGAGCAGCCUGAGGAGUGCUUUACGGAGGCCUGCGUGCAACGCUGCCCUAUCCUCUACGUGGACAUCUCCCAGGGCCGUGGGAAGAUGUGGUGGACACUCCGCAGGGCCUGCUUCAAGAUUGUCGAGCACAACUGGUUCGAGACCUUCAUCGUGUUCAUGAUCCUGCUCAGCAGUGGAGCCUUGGCCUUCGAGGACAUCUACAUCGAGCAGCGGCGAGUCAUCCGCACCAUCCUGGAGUACGCGGACAAGGUCUUCACCUACAUCUUCAUCCUGGAGAUGCUGCUCAAGUGGGUGGCCUACGGCUUCAAGGUGUACUUCACCAAUGCCUGGUGCUGGCUCGAUUUCCUCAUUGUGGAUGUCUCCAUCAUCAGUCUGGUGGCCAACUGGCUGGGCUACUCGGAGCUGGGUCCCAUCAAAUCCCUGCGGACGCUGCGGGCCCUGCGUCCCCUGAGGGCGCUGUCCCGAUUUGAGGGCAUGAGGGUGGUGAAUGCCCUCUUGGGAGCCAUCCCCUCCAUCAUGAAUGUGCUGCUUGUCUGCCUCAUCUUCUGGCUCAUCUUCAGCAUCAUGGGUGUCAACCUGUUCGCCGGCAAGUUCUACUACUGCAUCAAUACCACCACCUCUGAGAGGUUUGACAUCUCCGAGGUCAACAACAAGUCCGAGUGUGAGAACCUGAUGCACACAGGCCAGGUCCGCUGGCUCAACGUCAAAGUCAACUAUGACAACGUGGGUCUAGGCUACCUCUCCCUCCUGCAGGUGGCCACCUUCAAGGGCUGGAUGGACAUCAUGUAUGCGGCCGUGGACUCCCGGGAGAAGGAAGAACAGCCCCAGUAUGAGGUGAACAUCUACAUGUACCUCUAUUUUGUCAUCUUCAUCAUCUUUGGGUCCUUCUUCACCCUCAACCUCUUUAUCGGCGUCAUCAUCGACAACUUCAACCAGCAGAAGAAGAAGUUCGGAGGGAAAGACAUCUUCAUGACGGAGGAACAGAAGAAAUACUACAAUGCCAUGAAGAAGCUUGGCUCCAAGAAGCCUCAGAAGCCAAUUCCCCGGCCCCAGAACAAGAUCCAGGGCAUGGUGUAUGACUGCGUGACCAAGCAGGCAUUCGACAUCACGAUCAUGAUCCUGAUCUGCCUCAACAUGGUCACCAUGAUGGUGGAGACGGACGACCAGAGUCAACUCAAAGUGGACAUCCUGUACAACAUCAAUAUGGUCUUCAUCAUCAUCUUCACCGGCGAGUGCGUGCUCAAGAUGCUCGCCCUGCGCCAGUAUUACUUCACCGUCGGCUGGAACAUCUUCGACUUUGUGGUCGUCAUCCUGUCCAUCGUGGGCCUCGCGCUCUCCGAUCUGAUCCAGAAAUACUUCGUGUCUCCCACACUGUUCCGAGUGAUCCGCCUGGCCCGGAUCGGGCGUGUCCUGCGGCUGAUCCGUGGGGCCAAGGGCAUCCGGACUCUGCUCUUUGCCCUCAUGAUGUCCCUGCCGGCCCUCUUCAACAUCGGCCUCCUCCUCUUCCUGGUCAUGUUUAUCUACUCCAUCUUCGGCAUGUCCAACUUUGCCUAUGUCAAGAAGGAGUCAGGCAUCGAUGACAUGUUCAACUUUGAGACUUUUGGCAAUAGCAUCAUCUGCCUCUUCGAGAUCACCACGUCGGCUGGCUGGGACGGGCUCCUCAACCCGAUCCUCAACAGCGGGCCCCCCGACUGUGACCCAACACUCGAGAACCCGGGCACCAGCGUCAGGGGUGACUGUGGCAACCCCUCCAUCGGCAUCUGCUUCUUCUGCAGCUACAUCAUCAUCUCCUUCCUCAUCGUGGUCAACAUGUACAUCGCCAUCAUCCUGGAGAACUUCAACGUGGCCACCGAGGAGAGCAGCGAGCCCCUCGGCGAGGACGACUUCGAGAUGUUCUACGAGACAUGGGAGAAGUUCGACCCCGACGCCACGCAGUUCAUUGCCUACAGCCGCCUCUCAGACUUCGUGGACACCCUGCAGGAGCCGCUGAGGAUCGCCAAGCCCAACAAGAUCAAGCUCAUCACGCUGGACCUGCCCAUGGUGCCGGGGGACAAAAUCCACUGCCUGGACAUCCUCUUUGCCCUCACCAAGGAGGUCCUGGGCGACUCUGGGGAAAUGGACGCUCUCAAGGAGACCAUGGAGGAGAAGUUCAUGGCCGCCAACCCCUCCAAGGUCUCCUACGAGCCCAUCACCACCACCCUCAAGAGGAAGCACGAGGAGGUGUGUGCCAUCAAGAUCCAGAGGGCCUAUCGCCAGCACCUGCUCCAGCGCACGGUGAAGCAGGCAUCUUACAUGUACCAUCACAGCCAGGACGGUAGUGGGGACAGUGGCCCGGAGAAGGAGGGCCUGAUCGCCACCACCAUGAGCAAGAUGUACGGCCACAGGAAUGGGAACAGCGGCAUGCCGAGCACGGGUGAGGAAAGGGGCUGGACAGGGGACGCCGGACCUGCCAUUGGGCUCACGCCCAUGAGCCCCUCGGAUGCUGCCCUCCCUCCCUCCCCACCCCUGGGGCAGACAGUGCGCCCGGGGGUCAAAGAGUCUCUUGUCUAG